UCGUGCAGCGUGACGUCACGGCUGGGAGAUGAGGGCGUUGAGGCAGAGAUCAGCCCGGGCUCAGUAAUGACCUCAUUUCUAUCAAAUCUGACCCAAAACUUCCAUGGCGAAGACCAGCAGCGCUUUAUACGAUGCCGCUCUCGCUCAGCCUGGCGUGGCCCCCUCGUGCCCCCCGGCUCCUCUCUGCGCACUGAGGGUCCGGCAGAGCCCUGGCUGCCCCCGGACCGGCACCAUGGAGGGUCCCGCUGAGCCGGCGGCCCCAAGCCCCCAACCCCAGCGCAAGAAACGAGCCGAGGACUUCAAAUUCGGCAAGAUCCUCGGAGAGGGGUCCUUUUCAACUGUGGUUCUAGCCAAGGAGCUGUCCACAGGAAAGGAAUAUGCAAUUAAGAUUCUGGAGAAGACGCACAUCCGGAGGGAGAAUAAAGCGCACUAUGUGAAGCGGGAGAGGGACAUCCUGUCCAGUUUAGAUAAUCCUUUUUUUGUAAAGCUGUACUUCACCUUUCAGGAUGCUGAAAAAUUAUAUUUUGGACUUAGUUAUGCAAAGAAUGGCGAGCUGCUUCGAUACAUUCGCAAAAUAGGCUCUUUUGACGAGACUUGCACGAGAUUCUACACUGCAGAAUUAGUUAGUGCUCUUCAGUAUCUGCAUUCAGUCGGGAUUAUUCACAGGGAUCUUAAACCGGAGAAUAUUCUGCUGAAUGAGGAGAUGCACAUUCAGAUUACGGAUUUCGGAACAGCUAAACAGUUCUCGUCAGACAGCACUCAGACCAGAGCAAACUCUUUCGUCGGGACAGCGCAGUACGUUUCUCCUGAGCUGCUGACUAAAAAAUCAGCGUGUAAAAGUUCAGACCUGUGGGCAUUAGGCUGUAUUGUGUAUCAGCUGGUGGCCGGGUUGCCUCCCUUCAGAGCAGCGAACGAGUACUUGAUAUUCCAGAAGAUAAUAAAGCUGGAGUACGACUUUCCUGAGAAAUUCUUCCCCAAAGCAAAGGACCUGGUGGAGAAGCUUUUAUGCUCAGACGCUACUAAGCGGCUAGGUUGUGAGGAGAUGGGAGGGUACAAUCCACUGAGAGCUCAUCCAUUCUUCGAGGGCGUCUCGUGGGAGAACCUCCACCUGCAGACUCCUCCCAAACUCACCCCCUACCUGCCGGCCAUGGCCGAGGACGAUGAGGAGUACUACGGAAACUAUGAUGACCUCCUGAGCCAGUUCACGAACCUGGAGGUGGUGCAGUCCACUUCCUCUCAGGCUCUUUCACUGCCGGCCACGUUAGUCCCACUGAGAUCCAGCAGCAACAUCGAGCAGUACAUCCACGACCUGGACAACAACUCCUUUGAGCUGGACCUGCAGUUCUCCAGCGAGGAAAAACUACUGCUGCUGAAGAAACAGACCAAUGGGAACCCCUGGCACCAGUUUGUUGAAAAUAAUUUGAUACUGAAAAUGGGACCAGUUGACAAAAGGAAGGGGCUGUUUGCUCGGCGGAGGCAGCUGCUGCUCACAGAAGGGCCACACCUUUACUAUGUAGAUCCUGUAAAUAAAGUUCUCAAGGGGGAAAUUCCAUGGUCUCCAGAGCUGCGACCGGAGCCCAAGAACUUCAAGACCUUCUUCGUCCACACGCCACACAGGACCUAUUAUUUAAUGGACCCCAAUGGUAACGCGGACCGGUGGUGUAAGAAGAUCCAGGAGGUGUGGGGGACGAUUUACCACAGCCAUCAGCCUGCAGACCUGUAGAGCAGCGCGGGCUCGUCUGUAUGAACUGAGCCCUGAGCCUCUCGGCGGAUACGACUCCUUUAAACCUUCACUUGAAGCUUCAUUUCUGAGUGGAGAGUUUCAGCAUUACGCUAAAAACAUCACGUUUAUUACUGGAAGCUAUUCAUCCAGGCUUUGCUCGUUCUGUGUGCUCUUUCAUCGCUCUCGCUUCACUCUGUGGGUGAGGAUCACUCUCGCGUUCAGCUGCUUUUUUUGGCUUACGAGCGAAUGGACUGUUUGUGUGUAUAUAUGUGAGUGUGUAUAUGUGUGUGUGUGUGUGAGAGUUAAGUUGAGAAAGAGUGUGACAGAGAGUGAGUGUGUGUAAGUAAGUGAGAGAGCGAGUGCGCUAAUUCCUGUUGCCUUUUUUAGAGCUCCAAAUAAUUUAACAUAGCUGUCUUUGUGAUUCUGCUGCUUCUGUACUGUGUUAGAGCGGCUUUACUUUAAAUACACUUUAAAUACUUUAAAUACACUUUACAGGAUAUACACAUACUGAAAUAAACCUACAGGUCAGUGGGGGGCGGGGGGAAACAAUAGGACAGAUAACAAAACAGAUAUGCCCUUUAUAUACCACUGCAUCUCCAAAUAAUUAUAACAUAAUUGAAAAGUUACUUUAUUUCAGUAAUUCACUUAAAAAUGUGAAACUCAUAUAUUAUAUAGAUGUAUUACACACAGAG